CCUUUCAGGCACGCCCCCUUCUGCCAGGGCUGUCCGCCCCUCCUUUAUAAUGCCACUGCGGUACGGCGAUUUGCACCAGGCGUAGCUGCUUCUCACGGAGACUCCGUCGCACCGACUCAGCGUGAGAUUUCAGCCCCGCCACUCUACACCAUGCGCGAGUGUAUCUCUGUCCAUGUCGGCCAAGCUGGCGUGCAGAUGGGCAAUACUUGCUGGGAACUGUAUUGCCUGGAACAUGGCAUUCAGCCAGAUGGACAGAUGCCAAGUGAUAAGACCAUUGGUGGUGGAGAUGACUCAUUUACCACCUUCUUCUGUGAAACUGGUGCUGGGAAGCAUGUGCCUCGGGCUGUCUUUGUGGACUUGGAACCCACUGUGAUUGAUGAGAUUCGUGCUGGCACUUACCGUCAACUCUUCCAUCCAGAGCAACUAAUCACUGGAAAGGAAGAUGCUGCCAACAACUAUGCCCGUGGACAUUACACCAUUGGCAAGGAGAUCAUUGACUUGGUGUUGGAUAGGAUUCGAAAACUGGCUGACCAAUGUACUGGACUCCAAGGAUUUUUGGUCUUCCACAGCUUUGGAGGAGGAACUGGCUCAGGAUUUACUUCCUUGCUCAUGGAACGGCUCUCCGUUGAUUAUGGCAAGAAAUCCAAAUUAGAAUUUGCGAUUUACCCAGCUCCACAGGUCUCCACAGCUGUGGUGGAGCCCUACAACUCGAUCCUCACCACACAUACCACCCUUGAGCACUCAGACUGUGCUUUCAUGGUGGACAACGAAGCCAUCUAUGAUAUCUGCCGAAGGAACCUGGACAUUGAGCGGCCAACUUAUACAAACCUCAACCGCCUUAUCAGCCAGAUUGUGUCCUCCAUCACUGCCUCGCUGCGCUUUGAUGGGGCUUUGAAUGUAGACCUGACAGAGUUCCAGACCAAUCUAGUGCCCUACCCUCGUAUCCAUUUCCCUCUGGCUACCUAUGCCCCGGUCAUCUCUGCGGAGAAGGCCUACCACGAGCAGCUUUCUGUGGCUGAGAUCACAAAUGCUUGCUUUGAGCCUGCUAACCAGAUGGUGAAAUGUGAUCCCCGCCAUGGCAAAUACAUGGCCUGCUGCCUUUUGUAUCGUGGGGAUGUGGUACCUAAGGAUGUCAAUGCUGCUAUUGCUGCCAUAAAGACCAAGCGCAGUAUCCAGUUUGUGGACUGGUGCCCUACAGGCUUUAAAGUGGGCAUCAACUACCAGCCCCCCACUGCGGUUCCUGGGGGAGACCUAGCCAAGGUUCAGCGAGCAGUGUGCAUGCUGAGCAACACCACGGCCAUUGCUGAGGCCUGGGCCCGCCUGGACCACAAGUUUGAUCUAAUGUAUGCCAAGCGGGCCUUUGUGCACUGGUAUGUUGGGGAAGGGAUGGAAGAAGGGGAAUUCUCUGAGGCUCGGGAAGACAUGGCUGCCCUGGAGAAGGAUUACGAAGAGGUGGGCAUUGAUUCAUAUGAAGAUGAAGAGGAGGGAGAAGAAUAGCUGUGAACGCUCUACUGUGU